AUGGAGCUGGGGCUGUGGCUCCUGCUGGGGCUCACAGUGACCUCCGCCGCCGCAGGAUUUGUGCCCUGUCCUCAGCCUGGGGGUGCUGGCAGAACCGGCGUGCCGCGGUCCCCCUCUGUCGCCAGAUCUGAGGGGGACUGUGAAGAGAUUGUGACCGGCCCUGGACAGCACGAUGUGGCCUUUGUCGUGGAAAGGGGGCCCGAGCCGGGAAGCCCAGGGCAGGGACCUGAAGGAGCUCGGGGGCGGGUGCCUGCGAGGGGCCUGGCCCGCCGCCGCACCCGGCGUUGCACGUGCUUCACCUACAAGGACAAGGAGUGUGUCUACUACUGUCACCUGGACAUCAUCUGGAUCAACACCCCGGAACAGACUGUGCCCUAUGGCCUGUCCAGCUACCGAGGAAGCUUCCGGGGCAAGAGGGCCGUGGGGCCAUUUCCAGGGGGUUUUCAGCCCUCCUUCCAGAUGCCCCUGCGCUGCAGCUGUGUCGGGAGAGAAGACAAGGCCUGCCUACGCUUCUGCACCCAAGUCGUGCAUGCCCGCAGGGGCCGGAACUCAGUGAUGCCGUUCGCCUUGGCAUGA